AGUUCUCGAGAUAAUUGGGAAGGGUCCAAUGGGCCUAGUAAAUAAAAGCCCAACACUUCUAAAAGGUCCAACUAAUGUUUUAGUUUAUAGUGUUGGAAUUCUGAACUCCCUCUGCAACACACCGAAAAUGAAAACAAUGGCUUCCAAUGAUAAAUCUGCGAAUUUUCUGAAGCAUUACGGUUACGAUUUGCUAUUAGGAUCAAUCGCUGCUUUCUACAUACUCAUGGUACCUUACACUAAGGUCGAAGAAAGUUUCAACGUUCAGGCAAUGCACGAUAUUCUUUAUCAUCGGUUUCACUUAGAUAAUUAUGAUCAUUUGGAGUUCCCUGGCGUGGUUCCUCGCACUUUUAUUGGUGCUUUGUUUGUGUCACUUGUUGUGACUCCAAUUGUGUCUAUUGCAACUUUGCUGCAUUUGCCGAAGUUUUAUGCUCUUCUCAUAGUUAGAAUGGCCCUUGGGGGCAUUAUACUAUCUACUCUAAGAUUCUUUCGCCGUCAGAUAAGGAAUAAAUUUGGGCAUCAAGUAGAAGCCUUCUUUGUGAUACUAACUUCCAUUCAGUUUCAUUUUCUGUUCUAUUGUUCUCGUCCACUUCCUAACAUUCUUGCUUUGGGUAUAGUGAAUUUGGCAUUUGGAUACUUGUUACAGGGGAGCUUUUAUGCAGCUCUAAACUCUUUGGUUUUUGCUACAACUGUGUUCAGAUGUGACAUGCUGUUACUUCUUUGUCCCCUUGGGCUACAACUUCUUCUGACAAGAAAAAUUUCAGUAUGGGGUGCUCUAAAACACUGCACCGGGAUGGCCUUCUUCUGCGUUGGUAUAACCUCAUUGGUUGACUCAAUUAUGUGGAAAAGGUUUUUGUGGCCAGAAUUUGAAGUCUUUUGGUUUAACUCUGUACUGAACAAGAGUUCUGAAUGGGGAACACAUGCUUUCCAUUGGUACUUCACCUCCGCACUCCCUCGUUCACUGCUUGCCGCAUAUCCCCUUUCACUGUUUGGUUUCUUAGUAGACAGAAGGAUACGGUCUUUUGGUUUCCCAGUUCUUGCCUUCAUUUUGCUUUAUUCUAAGCUUCCCCACAAGGAGCUUCGUUUUAUUAUAAGUUCAGUACCAAUAUUCAACUUGUCUGCUUCUAUUGCAUGUAACAGAAUUUACAAUAAUAGGAAAAAGAUGAUCUGGAAUUUGAUUUUCUUCAUCAUGUUGGGACUUCUUCUAACGAGUCUUGUAGGAACCAUCACAACUUUUACAGCCUCAUAUUGGAACUAUCCUAGUGGUCAUGCCUUAAAAAAAUUGCAUGGUAUUGGUUUUCACAGUGAUGCUGAUGAACAAUGGGUUCACAUUGAUACAUUUUCUGCCAUGAAUGGAAUAUCUCGCUUUUGUGAAAGUGAUUUGCCAUGGAGGUAUUCUAAAGAAGAACAAAUUAGCUUGCAAGAAUUUCAACAGAGAAACUUUACUUUCCUAAUAAAUGAACAUCCUGUGAUCAAUGGGUUCAAGUGUCUAUUUACUGAAAAUGGUUUCUCAAGAAUGCACAUUAAAUUUGGCUUUCCACCAAUUUUACUGGUUAAAGAGCCGAAAGUGUAUGUCCAUGGAAACUUAGAAAACAAGGUAGUUGUCAACGAAAUUUGGCCUGGCUGUCCAUAAAACCUGUCUGGCUUAAUAAUCUAUUUGAAAUUCAUUAAGUUUAAAGGUGUUAGUUUCCUUUGUCGCCCUUUUUUUUCAUAGUAACCUGUUGGAGUGAGAGAGCAAGUUUGUGUGAAGUUUAGAGCAAGUUUGUGUGAAGUUUAUUUACAUCCACACAUCUACUGACUGACAGUUGCCUGUAUUCAAUAGUUCUGACAGUUGCCAGUAUUCAAUAGUUGAUGAUGACUUGGUAUAUAUGUGGGUAGAAUUGUUAAUCUUGUAGCAUUUCAAAUCUUUUUGGGAUAUAAUUGUCAAUGAUGAUGAAGUUAUUAUUUUUUACAUCUGAAUGACAUAUAGCAGAUUCAUAA